AUGAAAAAAAUUAAUAAAAUAGUAUUUCUAAUAUUUGUUUCUUUUUUUAUAAUAGACCAAAAAUUUUCUGAAGGAUUUUUAAGUGAUUCAAAAGACUUUUAUGAUAUAAAUAAAAGCUCCAGUUCAAGAAAUAUCUCGAAGUACGGACAAUUAAGAAAAGAGAAAGAAGAUAAAAAUAAUCUUAGAAAAAACAACAAUGCAAGUGAUCCAUGUGACUUUGAAAUUUGUUUUGAAAUAAAAAAAGAAGAACAAAUUGGUGUAUCAGAUAAAUGUAGUAGAAAAAAGUGUUAUUUACACAAAGCAACUUUAAUAAAAAAUAAAUCAGUAACUAAUCUAGAACCUCAUGAAUUAUAUGGAGAAGUAGAAAAUAGUGAUAUUAGUAAAAGAUGGAGGGAUGGUAAUUUUUCGAAUAAAAAAAAUGAUUACAAAUUUGAAGGAAACAACAAUUCUGACAAAGAAACAGGAAUUUCGGAAGAAAAUGGUGGAACUGAUGAUGAUGAACAUGGGCAAUCUUGGGAGGAAUUUAAUUUUGAUUCAUGGGAUCCUUCUAAUAAUGAGUAUAAACAUAAUUCUAAUUCUAAUUCUAAUACUAAUUCUAAUUCUAACUAUUUUUUACAUAAAUUUAAUUCUUCACCUGUAUAUAAUAAAAGUGAUAAACUUAAUGAAGUUCAUUUGAUGAAAGAAAAAUACUGUACUCGUUUUACGAAUAGUGACGAGAAAAAUAACAAAGAAAUUAGUAUCUAUGAUAAUAUAUUUGAAAUGCAUCACAAACCUAAAUGUCAUAAUUAUUAUGAAUUAAAAUGUAGUUGUUUUGAUGAAUCAGGAAAAGCGAAAACUGAGGAUUUUGUCAUAUAUAUUAAUCCAAUAUAUAAAAGUAAAAAAGAGGAGGAAGAAAUUAAAGAACAUGAGAAAUCUAAGUCUAAUUAUUAUGAAAAAAAUAUUGUAUUUAUGAAUGAAAUUAUUAAUAAGUUAAGGUAUUACAAUUUUUGA